AUGGCUGACUCUCUGUGGGCUGGCCUCGCAAUUCCCCGCAACGAGGUUUGUGGAAUGAUUACCGUACAGAUUGCCUCUGGCACCAUCGUCGGUAAUUCUCUUGCGGGCAUUGACACCUUCAACGGAAUCCCUUUUGCAGACCCGCCAACUGGCAACUUGAGGCUCGCUCCUCCCCAGAAGCUAUCCAAAAACCUGGGGACUUUCACUACUCCUUUGCUUCCUCCCGCUUGCCCUCAAAUGUUCAUUUCCACAGGCUCAUCGAGCCUUAUUAUGCAGCUUCUGUCAAGUUUCCUGCAGUUUCCCUUCCUGCAGCCCAUCACCGGCCAGGAAGAUUGCUUGAACAUUUCUGUUCAGCGACCCAAGGGGACUAAGGCUGGCGACAAGCUGCCAGUUGCCUUUUGGAUAUACGGUGGAGGUUUCCAGCUUGGUGCCACCGUCACCUAUGAUGGCUCUAGCCUUCUCACUAGUGCCGUUGCCCAAGGACAGCCUUUCAUCUAUGUGGCUGUCAACUACCGUGUUGCUGGCUUUGGCUUCCUUCCUGGAGCUGAGGUUCUCAGGAACGGCAGCGCGAACUUGGGACUCUUGGACCAGCGUAUGGGCCUUCAGUGGGUGGCGGAUAACAUUGCAGCCUUUGGUGGUGAUCCAGACAAAGUCACCAUCUGGGGAGAGUCUGCCGGCGCCAUGUCCGUCUUCGACCAGAUGCUCCUCUAUGGAGGCAAUGCCACAUACAACAACAAGCCUCUAUUCCGUGGUGCCAUCAUGAACUCUGGAACCGCUGCGCCUGCCGAGCGCAUCGAUUCUCCCAAGGCUCAGGCAGUGUAUAACAAUGUUGUUAGCAAGGCCGGUUGCAGCGGCUCGGCUGACACUUUGGCGUGCCUUCGCAAGCUCCCUUACAACACGUUCCUUAACGCUGUCAACUCGGUACCAAGCAUCUUCUCCUACAGCUCUCUCGGGCUUUCUUACCUACCUAGGCCAGAUGGCGUCGUUCUCCAGGAUAGCCCUGAGGUCCUUUGGGAGCAAGGAAAAUACUAUGCCGUGCCCAUGAUUGUGGGUGAUCAAGAAGACGAGGGCACCUUGUUUUCUAUCUUCCAGACUGAUGUGACCAGCACGUCGAGUCUUGUCAAUUGGCUGUCCCAGUACAUGUUUUUCAACGCCACAAAGACUCAACUGACACAGCUGGUUAACACAUAUGACACUGCCAUCUCCAGCGGCAGCCCCUUCCGCACGAGCAUCUUCAACGAUCUCUACCCGGGGUUCAAGCGCACAGCAGCGCUCCUUGGUGAUCUUGUCUUCACCCUCACCCGGCGAAUGGAACUCACUGUGGCCUCUCAGGUCAACCCCAACGUGCCCAUCUGGUCUUAUCUCUCAUCUUACGACUACGGCACUCCGUUCUUGGGAACUUUCCACGCUUCGGACAUUCUGCAGGUGUUUUACGGCCUGCUUCCCAACAACGCUAUGCGGAGCACGCGGACGUACUUUUUUAACUUCUUCUAUAACCUCGAUCCGAAUGUUGGUGUGAAGGGGUACUCUAAAUGGCCCAAGUGGACUGACAACCACCAGCUCAUGUGGUUCGAGACUGCGGACUCGAAUAGUCUGUUGGCUGAUGAUUUCCGUGACGAUAGCUACCAGUGGAUCGUCAAGAACAAGGCGGUCUUGCGAGUGUAA